UUGACAGCAGACCGAUUAUUCUGUGGUUUCUGUCAAGUUCCUGAUUUUCAUCUGUUCUAGAAGACGAGCAGGAACUCGAGCAGUCUUAAUCUGGAGCGUACAUAGACACAUUCUGAAAUGAACGCUGUUUAACCCACAGACGCAAGGCGACGGGCAGCCCAAGCAGAGAGCAAAGUCUAUUUCCCUCAACAUCAGAUGUUACACUCAGCUGCUGAUCCAAAAUUGCCAACAGAGAGGAAUAGAGGCUGGAAAAACUGGAUGAUUAGUGAAGAAACACUACGGCCACUUCAAGAUGACAAGCCCACACUGGACUAAAUUGUUUCACUGAAACAAAACCUUCUAUCAAAAAAAGAAAAAAAUUAAGGCCUCACCUCCAGAAGUUACACAAUGAUCAAUUCCACCACCACACAGCCUCCAGAGGAGUCCUGCUCCCGGAAUAUCCUCAUCACUCAGCAGAUCAUUCCUGUGCUGUACUUUGUGGUCUUCGUCGCGGGGACCCUGCUCAAUGGUGUAUCUGGAUGGAUAUUCUUCUACGUGGCCAGCUCCAAGAGUUUCAUCAUCUAUCUCAAGAACAUUGUCAUUGCCGACUUUCUGAUGAGCCUGACCUUCCCCUUCAAGAUUCUUGCUGAUUCGGGACUCGGGCCGUGGCAGAUCAAUGUGUUUGUGUGCAGGGUGUCUGCUGUGCUCUUCUAUGUCAACAUGUACGUCAGCAUCGUGUUCUUUGGGCUCAUCAGCUUCGACAGAUACUAUAAAAUUGUAAAGCCUCUUUUGACUUCUUUCAUCCAUUCAGUAAAUUACAGCAAACUCCUGUCAGUGGUGGUCUGGAUGCUCAUGCUCCUUCUGGCUGUCCCCAACAUUAUCCUGACCAACCAGAAUGCUACUAGCAGGAAGGUGACGCAUAUAAAAUGUGUGAAACUUAAAAAUGAACUGGGACUUAAGUGGCACAAAGCAUCAAACUACAUCUUUGUGGGCAUCUUCUGGAUUGUGUUUUUUCUGUUGAUCAUUUUCUAUACUGCCAUCACGAGGAAAAUCUUCAAGUCCCACCUUAAGUCCAGAAGGAAUUCCAUUUCAGUCAAGAAGAAAUCUAGCCGCAAUAUAUUCAGCAUCAUGUUCGUGUUUUUUGUCUGUUUUGUACCUUACCACAUUGCCAGAAUCCCCUACACACAGAGCCAGACAGAAGCUCAUUACAGCUGCCAGUCAAAAGAAAUUUUGCUCUAUGUAAAAGAAUUCACUCUGCUACUAUCGGCUGCAAACGUAUGCCUAGAUCCUAUUAUUUAUUUCUUUCUAUGCCAGCCAUUUAGAGAAAUAUUAUGUAAGAAACUGCACAUCCCAUUAAAAGCUCAGCAUGACUCAGAAACUUCCAGAACCAAAAGAGGAAAUAUAACGCAUGAAAGCACAGACACUUUGUGAAUUCCCACCUCCUUACAAAUAAAAUCCAUGUACACAUAUUGCAAUCUUCAGUUACAUAAGACUAAAUAAGAAACAUGUCUGCGGCGCCUGGAUGGCUCAGUGGGUUAAAGCCUCUGCUGUCGGCUCAGGUCAUGAUCACAUGGUCCUGGGAUCAAGCCC